AUGCGAAGCCCGAGAACAAUCCAAUGGCGAAUCCCUAUCAGCAAUUCCGACUUUCAACGCCUGAUCCAAGGCUUUAGCCCAAGUUGCAUGGAGGAAAGAUGGGUGAUCGAGUCCGAAUAUCUCGAUGAGGGAAACGCCCAUCGCGUACGGUUCAUGCGGAGCUGGACGAGGAACCCUUACCACGAGCUGUUCAUCAAAGAGGGAGAGAAAGGUUAUGCUAUUGAAUCGUUGGUUUAUGAGUCCGUCGACGAAUCGGAUCAGGAAAUUACCGAGGAUGAGGCGAAGGAGCUGGUAAUUAGUCUGGCGAGAGGUUGGCUGGAAUGUGGAAUUGAGGUACUACCGAAAGAGGAUGAGAGAUGA